AUGGGCCGCCAGCGCUGGGGGUCCAAGGACGGCGAGGGCCUCGUCAAGGACACGGCGUCGUCCAUCGUCCGCGAGCCGGCGAGCGUCGACGCGCCGGCGACGCGGCAGCAGGUCGUCGGGGCCGUGGCCUUCUACUGCGGCUGCAGCUCCACGCUCCUCUUCCUCAACAAAUUGGCCGUGGGAGGCACGACGACGCUCGCGCCCGGCGCGGUCGUCGUCGUCCAGAUCGCCUUCGCCACGGCGUCCUGCUACGCGCUGUCGGUCCUCCAGCUGGCGAACAUCGGCGCGCUCACGCGGAAGAAGGUCGAGGGCUUCGGGCUCUACGCGGUCGCGUUCGUCGGGUCCAUCUACGCGUCCGUGAUGGCGCUCCGCCACAGCAACGUCGAGACGUUCAUCGUCUUCCGGGCGUCGACGCCGCUGGCCGUGGCGCUCUUGGACUACGUCUUCCUCGGGCGGUCCGCGCCGAGCACGUGGAGCCUGGGGAGCCUGCUCCUGACGGCCGCGUCCGCGACGGCGUACGUCGCGACGGACGCGCAGUUCGUCGUCGAGGGCAUCGCGGGCUACUCCUGGUGCCUCCUCUAUUUUGCGCUCAUCUGCUUCGAGAUGACCUUCGGGAAGCACCUCGUGUCGUCGCUCCGGCUGGGCGUCUGGGAGUCCGUGUGGCUCACGAACAUGCUCGCGCUGCCCAUGCUCUGGGCGCUCGCCUGGGUCCGCGGCGACAUGGCGGGCUUCUUCGACGUUUUGGGCGCCAUGCCCGGCUCCGACGUCGUCGUCCUCUUCCUGUCGUGCGUCAUCGCGACGCUCAUCGGCUACGCGGGCUGGCUCUGCCGCGGCCUGGUCUCCGCGACGUCCUACACGCUCAUCGGCGUCGCCAACAAGCUCGGCACGGUCCUCCUCGCCGUCACCUUCCUCGACAAGCACGCGUCGCCCUCGGGCGUCGCCGCGCUCGUCUUCUGCAUCCUCGCGUCGAGCCAGUACAAGCAGUCCCCGCUCCGCGCGGACGUCGCCAAGGCGCAGACGCCCAAGUCGCCGGGCUCCGCGCCGAGCAUCGAGAACCCCAAGUCCGGCGGCUGA